AUGAUAAAAACUCAACUACGGUGCCACCAAUUAUUCUAUGCCAGGGUAUCAAUUAGAUCAUUCACAUUAAAGUCAAAAAACCAAUACAUUUUACCAAAAGAUUAUGUACCAAAUAAAAAGAAUUUGAAAAAUAUAUCUUUACAAGAAGGUUUGAAAAUCUGGUGGGACUCAUUAUCACCAAAUAGAUUGGAAAGUCUACAAAAUGAAUUGGUUAAACUUAUGAUUCCAAAUAACGAAGAAAAUACAAAUAUUGAAUUAAUUCAGAGAAGAAUACCCAUACAACAAGGAGAUCAUAUCAAUACUGUAACAAUCUGUCGGAAAAACAGUAAACUCCCAACCAAACAUGUUGUAUUUAUACAUGGUUAUGGAGCAUCAUUGGGUUGUUUUGCAAGAAAUUUCAAAAUCAUUGAUGAGUUGAAAGAAAGUGAUAAAUUCAACUACCAUAUUCACUUUUUAGAUAAUAUCACUUUUGGUUUAUCAUCCAAUCCAAAGAUCGAUAAUGAUAAAAUAAGUUGGAAAAUUCCACCUACUGCCAAAAUCAAGCUAAUUGACAAUGAACCAACAGAUCCUAAAAAGCUAUAUAGAAAAUACUACAAACUAAUUGAAGGGUAUCAAUUGGACCCUGAAAAUUUCGAAGAGUAUCAAAAAUAUUUUGGACCAAUUUUAGAAGAUAUGGAAUUGUUUUACACUAAAGCAAUUGAUGGAUGGAGAAAAAGUAUGGGAUUGGAAAAAAUUGACUAUUUAAUUGGUCAUUCAUUUGGUGCAUAUUGGUGUGGUUCAUAUUCUAUAAAAUUCCCAAAUAAUGUAUCGAAUUUAAUUUUAUUAUCUCCAGUGGGUUUAGAAAGACAUGUAAUGGCAAUAACAAAUACUGAUAAAAUUACGAAUGAAAUCGAAAAACCAAAUUUAGACCCAACUUCUUAUAAAUUUUUGACGAGAUUCCCAAUUUUAUCUAAAAAUCAUAUUUUGAAUUGGUAUUAUAAAAUUCCAUACUUACCGAAAAUACUAAAGUUGUUAGGACCAUUUGGAGUUCAAUAUUAUUUUAGUAUGUGGUUAUCAAAAUUAGGAAAGAUCAACAAGUUAAUUGCAAAACAUGGAGGAGCUCAAGAAAUCUUUCAGAAUUCAAAUGACUUAGUGAUUGGAAGUAGUAAAGAGAUUAAAUUGAUCAUUGAGUAUUUAUAUAAUUCAAUCACAAAUGGUACAAAUAGUGAUAUUUAUGUGAAAUAUUUACUUACACCGGCAACAGUUAGUAAGGUACCAUUAAUGGAUAAAUUUUUACAAGCAGACCCCCAAACUUUUAAGUUUAAUACAUUUAUAUUUUAUGGUCAAUAUGAUUUUAUGAAUUCUGAAGCAGGUAAAAAAAUGAUUGAUAUACUACACAAAAAUAACCCAAAAAGUAUAUUUGAAUAUGAUGAAAUUGCAGAAGGUGGCCAUAAUCUAUACAUUGAUAAUCCAUUUGAUACAAAUAAAAAAAUUGGAAAGAUUAUUAUAGAUCAAGAAUAG